GGUGUCACAUAGAACAAUUCAAUCUUGUAAGAAGGCAACAGGAUGCUAUUAUGUUGUACACACCUAAACACACACUCAGGUUCCAUGAAGCACCACCCUGGUCUUGGCAGACAGGAACACGCAGCAUAGUGGGUCGAAGGCAAGCGUAACCAGCCACAUCAAAACCUCUUUAAAAUAGUAGGGGAAAAUGCCAGUAACAAGGAACGUUACAAUCAUCGCUGCUAUUUACACAGUGGUAGCAUUUUACAUUUACUUUCGAAACAUGUCCUUGUGUGAAAACGACGUGGAUGUGGAUCAUGCUGCCCAGUCCACCGAGGUGAACAAGCCUCUUGUGUUGCUGUGGUUCUGGCCAGGGGGCCAGGGCGACGUGAGAUUCAACUUUAAUGACUGCGGUACCUUCUUCAAUAUUUAUGGUUGCGUUCUAACCGACAACCGAUCCCUGUUUGACAAAUCCGAUGCUGUCAUUUUCUACCACAAGGAGAUCAGCUGGGAUCUAAGCAACAUGCCCCGGUCACCACGGCCACCUUUUCAGAAAUGGAUUUGGUUUAAUCUAGAACCUCCAUCACAUACACAAAAAAUACCCGGCUUGGAAAAUCUGUUCAAUCUGACGAUGAGUUACCGACGAGAUGCCGACAUAAUUGUGCGCUACGACCUGCUAGUGAAGAAAUCCAACCAGGAUAGUGAUUUUGUGCUACCCAGAAAAGAUAAAAUUGUAUGUUUGAUUGUGAGUAAUACAGGAGCCUAUGACAGACAACCAUAUUACGAAGAGCUAUCUAAACACAUAAAACUACAUCUCUUUGGCAAAUUCUCAUGGAGCCGUUUAAAGCAUGAGGAUUAUUACUCAACCAUUACUAGUUGUAAGUUUUAUCUUGUGUUUGAGAAUUCAGUCCACAAGGACUACAUCACGGAAAACAUGUACAGUCCGCUUGCAGUGGGCACUGUACCCGUGGUUUCUGGCACAUCCAGACAAAACUAUGAGGAAUUCUUUCCCGCUGAGUCAUUCAUUCAUGUCAACGACUACCCCGAUGCACAGGCUCUAGCAAAAUUUCUCAUCCACUUGGACAAAAAUGAUGAAACGUACAUGCGAUUCUUUAACUGGAGGAAGUACUUGACAGUCCCACCCCAGCUCCUGACUGAUGAGAAAGAGUUCAUCCUUCCAGUGUGCACUGCCUGUGAUCACAUAUCAAGAGACAAUGGCUACAGUGUUGUUCAGGACUUGUACAAGUGGUACUUUGUAUAGGUACCACAGCAUGUCCGCGAUGCCUGUGUUAUCAAUAGGAACAUGGUUUUACUUAUAGACAUAAUGGUAAAAGGCAAAAAAUGAAGGAAAUUCAAAUGACCACCAUAACCCUAUACUGAUGCACAAACAAAGUACCUUGUUUGUGCAUUGGGUUAGUUAGGUUUGUGGUAGUCCUUUGGAUUUUGUUUUGAAACAUUUUCUUUUAAGGCUUUUCACACACCACUGAUAGUGAAACAGUUUUGUAUUUAAUAUUAUCUCGGGGUGGAACUUGGUUGUUGUAUUCGUGACUGUUUUAGUCAUUUAGGUUACAGUCUAGAUCCCUUUAGUUUAUUUGUGGAAUGAGAACAAAAGCCUGGAUUUAUCACCAAAUAAUCCAAAAUAAUGUUUGCAUAAAUAUGUCAAAAGCAAGAUCGGGAUAUAUGAGUGUAGCUGUGCGUGAGUAUUAGCAAUUGGUAGCAGAGACUCCAGACUUAAAUCUGGAGUUGCUGGACAGACUUUCUACUUGAUGGCUGUCACAUCUCAUUAUGUGACUUACUGUAGCCUUGCUAGUCAUAUGUUGAUAAAUAAGGGUCAAGAAGUGGUCUGAUUGGUUGCUCUUGUGUAUAAAGCAAAU